AUGUCUGAAAAUACAACAGGUUCACAUUUAGAUGGUUAUUUUAUACCUCACCAUUCUAUCAUUAAAGAAUCGAGUUUAACGACAAAGCUACGCGUAGUUUUUGACGCUUCGGCGAAAACUUCUACAGGAAAAUCUCUAAAUGACGUAUUAAUGGUGGGACCGAAUGUUCAGGAAGAUCUUUUUUCAUUGUUAGUUCGUUUCAGAUCACAUAAAUACGCGAUAACUGCAGACAUUGAAAAAAUGUAUCGACAAAUAAUCAUUCAUCCUAAAGAUCGAAAAUAUCAAAAAAUUCUAUGGCGUGAUGACAAUACUUAG